AUGUCGACCCCUGUGAGCCCGGUCGGGACCCAGCUGCCGCACCGUACCACGACGGUGCAAAGCGCCGCGACAACCACCACCAAUGGAGGCGCCUCGGUGAGCGACGAUGAGAGCCUUAUCGGCGAGGACACGAGCGAGACAACGCGCCUGCUGCUCGAGCGCCUCCAGGCAUGGAAGCACAUGUGCGGCUACCUCGAGGAAUACGUGGAGGCGACAGCCAAAAUCCAAAAGUCGCAGUCGAAGGAUUACGAGAAAGUGUUGAAGACAGUCAGCAACCCCCUUCGCGAAGGCCACCAUUUCGACCAGGGCCUCGGAGGUGUCGCGGGCAUCUUUGAGAGUCUGCGCAAUAACACCAAGGGAAUUUCGAACCUGUAUCUCGAAACGGAGAAGAAUCUGAAAGGCAGCGUCCUUCCCACCCUUGAGCGUCUGCACAAAGAGAUCAAGAGCAAAGCCAAGGAAGUGCAGUCGGGCGCCGCCAAAAGCUCCAAGGCCGUCGACAAGGCCAGGGCCGCCACCCAGAAGCACAUCGAGCUGCUCGGGCAGUAUGCUGCAGCGCAAGCCUCGGCCGCUGGCACCAAGAUCGAGCCAUCGAACGACCCGUACGUGCUGCGAAGGGGGGUCAACCACCGGUUGAAUAAGCAGAUUAUCGAGGAGAACAACAACCGCCAGGAUACGAUCGCGGUGCAGAACUCGUUCCAGGAAUUCGAGGCGCACAUCCUCCAGACGGUCCAGCAAGCGAUGAGCUCGUUUUUCCAGUUCAUGGGCGGCCAGCUGGAUCGCCAGCGAGCCAUGUACGGGGACAUCGUCAGCAGCGCCCAGAACAUUCCCCCCGACUACGAAUGGACCCGCUUCAUUAAGCGGAACGAUGGCAUUCUCAUCGAUCCGGAUGCACCGCCGCGGUCGAUGUCCAACGUUUCCUACCCGAACCAGGAUCACCCUUCAACGAAGCCUUUGAUCGAAGGAACGCUCGAACGGAAGUCGCGCGCCAUCGUGAAGGGAUACAACACCGGGUACUACGUCGUCACGCCGGCGCGGUACCUGCACGAGUUCAAGGACGACGACGACUUCAACAAAGAUCCCACGCCGGAGCUGUCGCUGUAUCUGCCUGAGUGCGUGAUCGGCGGGAUUGACGGCGUCAAAUUCAGCCUGAAGGGAAAGGACGUGUCUGGCGGCAAGGUUGGCAAUGCGUUCCACACGACGACGGAGCUCAACUUCAAGGCGCACACGCCGGCGGACGCGGAGAAGUGGUGGAACGUGAUCAAGGAAGUGAUCAGUGGAGGAGAGAAGACCGUCACCAGUCCCGUCUCGCCGCUGAGUCCGAGCACGACAGCUACGCCAGCCGGGAGCAGGAACGUCAGCGGUGUGCAGCAGCCCCCAGCUGACAUCAAGGCAAGAACUGAUGCAGAGAAAGCAGACGGAUCGGGUCUGAACCGGAGUGCCAGCACUGCAGGUCAUUUCCAUACUUCCCCUGGAGGGAGCAAAGUUGACAAAUAA